GUAAAUUUGUUUAAUUUAAAACAUUAUUUUACAGUAAAAUGCCGAAAGUUCUUCGAACAAUAUUUAAAAUAAAUGUGUUUUGAAGUGACAUUCGCUAACGCGUAAUCGCUAAAGGAGUUGUGGCAUUGUAAUUAAACCACGCCUACUACUGCCGUAAUUUGCUAAAAUAAUAAUGAUUAACAAAACACUUUGAGGUCAAUUAAACCGCUGGAAAAAGAUUAAAGUAAUAUUACAAUGAAAAAAUCUUAUUUAUAGCAUCAGUAAUGCUCUGCAUAUUUUUAUCGAAUUGACAGAUCCAUAACAUUAUUUGAUUAGUGAAGUAUAAGAACACCAAGACAUAAGACGUGAAGUGACAGCACUGACUGCCAGAACUGAGCGAGACGACCGCACCUAUCAUUGUGCUUCGAUUUUGUGAAUAAUCGUUAUGAAAAACAUUUCAUAUUAUAUAUUUUGAUAUACCUAAUUAGUAACCAAUAAAAAUGAAAUAUAGCUUAGACCGUAUUUUAAUACUGACGUUAUACAUUAGUUGGACGUUAGCUCGAGAAGUACCAUCACCCCCAUAUAUUGUAAAACAACCUCCCACAGAUGAAGUCCUCUUUCAAGUAGAAUCCAAUGGUGAAAAUGACAAACCGUUUUAUAUCGAAUGUGAAGCAAUAGGAGAACCUGCUCCCAAAUACUAUUGGAUUAAAAAUGGUAAACCUUUUGCAUGGCAAACAUAUGAUGAUAGAAUAUCUCAACAAACGGGUCGUGGUACCUUAUCUAUCACAAAACCAUCUGACGUAGAUCUGGGUCAGUACCAAUGCUUCGCCGAAAAUCAAUAUGGUAUUGCUACUUCCAAUUCAGUAUUCAUGCGUAAAGCAGAGCUCAAUUCGUUUAAAACUAGUCAACCAUUGACUCUGACUGGUAAUGAAGGUGAUCCGUUUAAACUCACCUGUUCACCACCAGAUGGUUGGCCUAAACCCAUCGUUCACUGGAUUUACUUAUACAGCAAUGGUGCUUUCAAAACUAUCAAUAGUUCCCGUAUGACUUUGGAUCCAGAAGGUAACUUAUGGUUUUCCAAUUUAACAAAGGCUGAUGUCAUUAACGAUUUUAUGUAUGCUUGUGCGGCCACUUCGCCAACGAAAUUUGAGUACAAAUACGGAAAUAGAGUAUUGCUUAAUGUAGUUUCUUCUGGAGUAUCUGCUUCACAAAACAAGCAUGAACCUGUGCUACAGUAUGUCACUAGAAAGAACGAGGUAGCAUACAGAGGAAAACGUGCUGAACUAUUCUGUAUAUUUGGUGGAACGCCCCUACCUCAAACAGUUUGGAAAAAGGGUGGUAGAUUAGUACAAAGUUCUGAUCGAAUAACACAAGGAAAUUAUGGAAAGUCACUUAUUAUAAAAGUUGUCGAUUUUGACGAUGAAGGUGCUUAUACCUGCGAAGUCAGUAAUGGAGUUGGCGAAGCUAAAUCUUAUUCUAUUAAUCUCAAAGUAUUAGCUGUGCCGUAUUUCAUCAAAGAACCUGAAAGAGUAAAUGCUGCUGAAGAUGAGACAAUUGAGUUUCACUGUGUUGCUGGUGGUGUACCAGAGCCACAAAUUAAAUGGGUACACAAUGGAAAACCUAUUGAGGAAUCCCCUUACAAUCCUAGAAGAAUGGUAGAUAACAAUAAAAUUACAAUUAAAGGAUUAAUAAAGAAUGACACUGGAAACUAUGGUUGUAACGCUACUAACAGUUUAGGUUAUGUGUACAAAGAUGUUUAUGUUAACGUAUUAGCAUUGGCACCCGAAAUUACUGAGUCUCCUAGAGAUACCCAAGCUGUAGAUAAUCAGAAUGUAACUCUGAUAUGCAGAGUACUUGGUGCUCCCAAGCCAAAUGUUAAAUGGAUCCAAAACGGAAGAGAACUUACUGGAGGUCGAUAUGAUGUUCAAGGAAAUGGUGAUUUGAUUAUUGCUGACGUACAGUUUGAUGAUAAAGGCAAUUAUACUUGUUACGCAGAAAAUAAACUGGGAAAUACAAGCGCUAGUGCCAGAUUAGAUAUCAAAUCUCAUACAUAUAUCACGGACGGUCCAGAAGACUAUGAAGUAGAGGCUAGAACUCCAGCAACAUUUAGAUGUAACGCUGUCGCUGAUGAGUCUCUAGACCUUGAAAUAAUAUGGUUAAAAGGUGACCAACCUAUAGACUUCGAAGGCGAGCCUCGUUUUGUUAAGUCUUCAGAUUAUUCUUUAACGAUUACGAAAACGCAUGAACUAGAUUCUGGUCCAUAUACGUGUUUAGCUAAAACCGAACUCGACGAAGCGUCAGCGAAAGCCCAAUUGACAGUCCAAGACAUUCCUAAUGCACCGCAGAUGCUAGGCAUGGAAUGUCACGUCAAAGACGCUACGAUCAGCUGGAUAUCAAUGGGAGAUAACAGAGCAUCUAUUGCGUAUUACAUUAUACAGUACAAUACCAGUUUCAUCCCAGAAGAAUGGAAAGACUUUGGCCAAGUACCCUCCGCCGAUACCACCUACAAUGUUCCUCUAGAAGCGUGGGCCAAUUAUACAUUUAGAGUUAUAGCUGUUAAUAAAAUCGGACAAUCCAAGCCAUCUUCCCACUCAGACGUUUGCACAACACCAGCUGAGGUGCCUCAUAAAAAUCCAGAAAAUGUAAGAGGAGAAGGAGAUCGUCCAGAUAAUUUAGUGAUAACAUGGACACCAAUGCCCCAAAUUGAACAUGGUGCACCUGGUUUCAAAUAUCGUGUUGGUUGGAAAAGAGCAAUAGAUGGAGUAGACUACGAAUAUGUAGAUAUCUACGAUUAUAAACAAGACAGGUUCGUUGUUCCUAAUCAACCUUCCUAUAAGGAAUACAAGAUCGUAGUUCAUGCAGCAAACGAACUGGGAAAUGCAAAUGUAUCUCCUCAAGAAGUAAUAGGUUAUUCAGGAGAAAGUGAACCAGAGAGAGCUCCUACCAACUUUACCUUAUUAGCUAUUCAAGGACCAACAACAGCAUUGCUGAGUUGGGAUCCUGUUCCUAUAGAAUCCGUUAGAGGUCACUUCAAAGGCUACAAAAUCAAAACGUGGAGUGAAACUUCACUUAUAGCUAAGGAAAUCCAAGUCCAAGGAGGUAAUUCCAAGGCAUUAGUAUCGAACUUUGAUCCUUAUACAAAGAAUUACGCACAAGUUUACGUCUUCAAUGAAAAAUAUAAUGGUCCACCAAGCGAAACGCUUUCUUUUGAUACCCCUGAAGGAAAACCAGGAGAAAUGCAAGACUUGGAAGCUUAUCCUUUAGGUUCCACUGGUUUUCUUUUAAAAUGGGAUAAACCAGACAAACCCAAUGGUAUCCUCACGGGGUACAACAUUUACUGGUCUAAAGUUGACUCUUUCAUGAAAGUCGAUGAGCCAAAUCCUAGAAAACCUCAGAUUACAGAUCCUAAUGUGAAGCGUGCCAAACUUGGUGGUUUAAAAGAUGGCGCAAAAUAUCGUAUCUACAUAGCCGCGACUACAAAAGCUGGAGAAUCCAAGCGAUACUUCAUAGAAAGAAAUACUCGACAACAAGGCAAUCAUAAACCUUCCAAACCCACCUUUGAAUGGGCCAUAGUGAAACCUGGUCCACCUACUUCUGUUAAAAUCCACUGGUUUCCUGCUGAAGAUGGUAAAGGAGGCACUAACUUUUUUGUGAAAUAUAGGAAACAAGGAGAAUCUACCUGGGAACAAUCUCGCCACGAAAAAAAUGAAGACUGGAUUAUAAUUUCUGGAUUAGAAGGCUCGACAGUUUACGAGUUUAUUGUCACCGCAGUUGAUGGUCCAAGUUCCCAGUUCUAUACAGACAGUGAUAUACGAGAAAUUAAUACUUACGAUAUCGAAGGACCGAUUAUUAGAGCUAAAGAAAAUGUGGCUACAGCUGGUUGGUUUAUAGGAAUGAUGCUCGCCAUAGCUUUCUUAUUAUUAGUACUUAUCAUUGUUUGCAUUGUGAAGAGGAACAGGGGUGGGAAAUAUGCCGUACAUGAGAGAGAACAGGCCAAUGGUAGACAUGAUUAUCCUGAUGAAGGGGGCUUCCAUGAAUAUUCACAACCUUUGGAUAACAAAUCCCAUGGUCGUGCCUCUAUGAGCAGUGAUCACAAACAAGGGCCCGAAAGCGAUACAGACUCCAUGGCCGAAUAUGGGGAUGGAGACACGGAGGGUAUGAAUGAAGAUGGGUCAUUUAUUGGACAAUACGGGCGAAAGAGAGGUCAAGGAGAAACAACAUCACAAGGAUUUGCAACACUUGUUUAAUGUGUCGAUUUACGGAGGAUGGGUCUUUCAUAGGACAAUACGUGCCUGGCAACAUGAAGCAAUUGGGUCUUUCUUCGGCCGUGCAGGGAUCAAACAAUAACGCCAUGGGCACUUACGUUUAGAUACAUCGUGAAUGUUGACUAGCUUUAUGUGUUGUCUCCUCAAAUAAAAACUCUUAACUCUAUUAUAAUUCAUCAAAUUAAUGCCAUUAGAAUGUGUUCUUUUUCGCAAAAAAGCAG